AUGGUCCGCGCCGCCUGCCCCGCGCCCCGCCUGCUCCGCGCAGCGCUGCUGCUGCUGCUGCUCCUGCUCGCCGCCGACCACCGCGCCGCAGGGGCGCCCGUGGUCUCCGAGUUGCGCUGCCAGUGCGUGCAGACCGUGCAGGGCAUCCACCUCAAGAACAUCGCCAGUGUGAAGGUGACGCCCCCAGGACCCCACUGCGCUGCCACCGAAGUCGUAGCCACUUUCAAGAAUGGGCAGGAGGCUUGUCUCAACCCUGUGGCCCCCAUGGUCAAGAGAAUCAUUGAGAAGAUGCUGAAAAGUUAUGACAAAGCUUAUGACAACAAAACAAUCAAGCAAACAAAUUUCUACCUGUUUUAA